UACACUUGCGCCAUUUACGACGUUCAUGCAACUUCCAAACAACGUUUACAACUUCUAAACACUUCUUAAAAUGAUAAUCCGUAACUUUCUCGUUAUAACAACAUUAGUUUCUGCUGUUUUCUCUUCCAAUUAUUACACUUCUAAUUAUGCACUCCGACUUCUCUUUGAGAAGGAAGUGAACUUCACACUUAAAUUAGGCGCACUAGUUGAAGAAUACCCGACACUGGAGCAGGACCUGCCAAGAAGCAAAACUUUUUUGGAGAACCCUCUUAUAACCCGGGAAUCCUUCUCUCCAGAAGUGAUCAAUAACCCCCUCAACCAAUAUCUCCUCAUGUGGAAGUUUUCACACGAGUGGGUCUAUAUGGCAAAUGACAUGCUGAAGGUCAGCACCAAAUCCGAUUAUGACGACACAUUCGACAUAGUCGCUCUGUCCGGAGAGAUCAAAUCAUCACAGGUGUCUGAGGAUGACUUAGCGAAAGCGGAGUUGUCUGUUUUGAGAGUACAGGAGUUCUACUACUUGGAUCCUGUGGAUGUAAUUCAAGGAAGGGUUCAGAAUUAUUCGGCUAGAAGCGCCUUGUCAGAGGAGCAAACAAAAAAGAUAGUAAUGAAAGCCAAAGAGUAUGGGGACAAGUGCCGGGUACACCAGUGGGGUAGGGCUAUGGAACACCUGGGCAUGGAGGUGCCAGACGAUGCCAGAGGCGUCAUAAAGAAACCACCGACAGAGGAGUAUUGCGAAUCAAUCUCAUGCUCAGCUGGGAGGGGAGAUGGUCACUGUGUCACAAAAGACCACUAUAUCGCGUCGUAUCAAGAGGCCUGCAACAACAACAGUUUCAAACUUAAGAGAAGCAAAAAGAGAAACCCUCCUUGCUUUCUGAAUGCAAUUCACCCGACUCAGUUGCUGCAGCCAAUCAAAACAGAGUGGAUCUCGGUUAAUCCUCCUGUAUAUCAGUUUCACGGAGUGUUCACACAUCAGGAAUGUGAUGAAUUUUGGGCUACAGGUGCCGCACAGCAGUCGAGAAGCACUCUGGUCCAGAAAAAGACGGAUGGACUUGGAACGACGGACGACAGUCGCGUUGGAACCAACAGUUGGAUGCGCAAUGCAGAUUCGUCAGUUGUAAAAAUGUUCAGUGAUAGAGUGAGUUACGCAACUGGUGUACAAACUGAUGUGGAGGUGGAAGAUUGGCAGGUAGCCUCCUACGGCAUCGGAGGGCACUACUGGUUCCACCACGACUACCUUCCGGAGGACUCGGACUUCAUGGGACACCUGGGUAACAGACUGGCCACCUUCAUGGCAUACCUGUCAGACGUUCCCCUCGGAGGCGCCACAGCAUUUCCCAAUCUCAAACUUAGUUUCUUCCCUGCGAAAGGUAGCGCAUUGUUCUGGUUCAACACCAACCUCAACCAAGCAGAUCUUCCCCAGACACUCCAUGGGGGCUGUCCAGUGCUACUGGGCGCGAAGCAUAUAGGCAACAAAUGGAUUCGAUACAAGGGACAGUUCUUGACUUACCCCUGUGGGAAAACGCCGAAGUCACUACCCACUCUUCCUGCAUCAUUGUGCACUUAUUCAUGAUUAGCUCCCAACAAAAAAUAACUUGAAGAGAUUUUGGAAGUUAAUCAAAAAACUAUAUGUUAAAAAUGUAUCCAUUUGAUUCUAGCAUGAUUCAAUUAGCACAAUUAUAGUGUCAAUUUAUUAAGGAAAUUAUUUCAGGUUAUAGCAUGAUAAACUUGCCGACAUAAAAUGAAAUGAAAUCAGCAGAAAAUAAAAUCGAUUCUAUUCAAAGGCACCUGUUAGUGACUUUAAACAAUAGUUUUGAGAGGAAAACGGUUAAAUUUUUGAAAUAAAAUCCAAAAA